ACAUGCGCCCAUUCGUUUAAUCAAAAUAUUAUACAAAUCGACUAAUCGAGUAUUCAUUCCAAAUACUUGAAAUUUGCCCAUAUGAAUAAAAGCUGCGGCCACUGAAAUUAGGUUUAACCUUCGGGGAUACUCAGGCCGUAUCACAUCAAUCGUCCCUCCCAACCGCUCCCUCGGCGCCGCCGCAUCCGCCGAAUUUUUAUCAGGAAUCAUGGGCACUCAUAUAGAUAACAUACACCAGAGUGAUUUCAUGUUCUGUGAGAUUUGUGGAACGAUGCUUUCCUUCGAUUCCAGAAAGUAUGUUCGAUGCCCACUUUGUAAUUUCAAGAAGAAAACCAUAGAAAUCGCUGGAAAAGAAAUAAAAUACACAGUGAGCGAAGAGCAAAUUAGAAGAGAGCUUGGUUUGUCAUCAAUCGAGGUGUCUGGUGAAAGAACACGAUCAAUGGAUUAUAAUGUAAGAUGUCCAAAAUGCUCCAACAAAGGGGUAUACUAUCACACACAACAGACGAGAUCUGCUGAUGAAGGCCAAACCAUGUUUUAUAAUUGCCCAAACUGUGGAUACAAUUUCACAGACAAUACAUGAGAAGUGAAAGUGUACUAACUAGCCCCUCUACUUUCGUUAAUUACAAUCAACACCCUCCAAUUUUAAAUCAUGUAGUUUUGUGUUGAUUGUAACUGCAAUGUUACCUUCUAUGUUAUGUGGUUCUUUAUUGAAACUA